AUGGCUGGUGGAGAAGAGAAUAAUAAUGAAGGCAAAAAUAGUUUCACUGUGCUUGUUGUCGAUGAUGAUACAGUCGUUCGAAUGGUCCAUAAGAUGCUCGUGACAAGUCUUGGGCUAAAAGUUCAAGAAGCCAGAAAUGGAAAGGAAGUCGUUGAUCUUCAUAUCAAUGGAGCUUCCUUUGAUCUUAUUUUAAUGGAUAUGGAAAUGCCCAUCAUGAAUGGUCCCGCGGCGACAAGGGAGCUUCGAGCAAUGGGUGUGAAGAGCACAAUUAUUGGUGUUACAUCUUGUACUUUUGAGUUUGUGCAUAAAGAUUUCAUAGAAGCAGGCCUCGAUCAUUGUGUUGCGAAGCCAUUAACUAUAGCCCAGAUUGUUUCUUUCCUUCCGAAAUCCAACAACAACUAA